AUGACAAGCAAAGAAGCACGGUCGGUCAUCGACCUCAACAAGUUCCUUAACCAGCGCGUUCGAGUCAAAUUCAGCGGCGGACGAGAGAUUACCGGUGUGCUGAAAGGACAUGAUGCCGUCUCGAAUCUCGUUCUCGACGAAACUGAAGAAUUCCUGAGAGAUCCUGAAGACCCAUACAAACUUCUUGAUCAGACCCGCACCCUUGGUUUAAUAGUGGCGCGUGGAACUGCAGUGGUGUUGAUCUCGCCGGUGGCCGGCACCGAAGAGAUAGCCAACCCCUUUGUAGACGCAACUUCGUAA